AUGUCUGACAACGGCGAAAUCGAGGUCGAGGCCAUCUCGGGCUACCAGGCCCUGCCCAAGGAUAUCGUUUCCGAAAUUGGCAGCGUGAAGCUCUUCAACCGCUGGAGCUAUGAGGACGUUGAGAUCCGGGACAUCUCCUUGACCGACUACAUCCAGAUCCGGUCGCCCGUCUACAUCCCUCACUCCGCUGGCCGAUAUGCCGUCAAGCGCUUCCGGAAGGCCAACUGCCCCAUCAUUGAACGCCUCACCAACUCUCUGAUGAUGCACGGCCGCAACAACGGAAAGAAGCUGAUGGCUGUCCGUAUCGUUGCGCACUCGUUCGAGAUUAUCCACCUCAUGACCGACCAGAACCCCAUCCAGAUUGCCGUCGACGCCAUCGUCAACUGCGGUCCCCGCGAAGACAGCACCCGGAUUGGCUCCGCCGGUACCGUCCGGCGACAGGCCGUCGAUGUGUCCCCUCUCCGCCGUGUCAACCAGGCCAUUGCCCUGCUCACCACCGGUGCCCGUGAGGCGUCGUUCCGAAACGUCAAGUCCAUUGCCGAGUGCCUGGCUGAGGAGCUGAUCAACGCUGCCAAGGGAAGCAGCAACUCGUACGCGAUCAAGAAGAAGGACGAGUUGGAGCGUGUGGCCAAGAGCAACCGGUAA